AUGCACCAAACCGCAGCAUCUUCGCCGAACAGUGGCAAGAUGCCACAUGACGUCUUUCGCCACGUGGAUGUCCAAUGGCAGCCCAGCGAGCCCAUGCUGCAGCGCACGGCGGCUGUCUUUACGGCUUUCUUGAGCUGUUUUUUCGCGGCUGGACUGACGUUCGGGUUUUCCGCUUUAAUGCCGAGUCUGCUCGAUGACGGGGCUUUUCACGAGGACUGCCUUCAUAAGGAACACCGGACUUGCCACGCGCAGCGUUUGCAUCUGGUUUGGGUUUUCACCCUGGGAUCAUCCGCCUCCGCACUUUCCACGCUGCCCCAGGGCAUCUUAUUGGAUUGGCUAGGACCCAGGACAUGUGGACUGAUCUUCAAUGCUACAGUGGCUGCCGGAUGUGUGUUGUUCUCCAUGGGCGGGCCGGGGUUAUGGCAGACUGCAUACACCACGGGCUUCGUGCUGAUUGCAGUAGGAGGCUCCGGCGUUUUCGUGAGCACCAUCAGCUUCGGCAAUCUCUUCCCCGGCCAUGCUGGCCUCAUCUUGGCGAUGCUGGUUGCCUGCUUUGAUGCCUCGAUGGUCAUUUUCGAGUUGCUAACACUUCUGAUUUCCUCCGGCAUGGCUGUCCGAACUACGAUGCGUCUGUAUGCGCUGCUUCCUGCUGCUCUUGCCGUCUGCGCCAGUCUCGUCUGGCCCAGAACAAACGUCCCAGGAGAACAGGAGCGCCGAACGUCGGGUUCGGAGGAUUCCAAAAGUGACUUAGACUUCUGGGGCAAAGUCCUCAGCGCGGACUUCUUCCUCUUUGUCUAUGCGGCGGUGGUCGACGUGCUGUGCGUGAAUUAUUUUGUCGCCACGGUAUAUCCACGGCUGCUCUCAGUGCCCCACGACGACGCGAAGAUGCUCAACUCUGCUUUUGCAUUCCUCCUUCCGGCAGGAGCCUUUAUCUAUGCCCCUUUGAUUGGCUUCAUUCUUGGCCAGUACGGCCCAGCGGCCGGAUUCCUCGUCUUCAGCGGUGCUUAUGUCAUCAUGGUCCACGUCCUCAUGAUCUUUGAGUUGGGCAUGCUCGGCGGCAACUUCUGCGUUUGGGUGGCUUUUGCGCUCUUCGCACUUUGCCGGCCGUUGCUGUAUGCUUCCGCGAAUGCCCUCUGCGGAGACCUCUUCAGCCACCGCCGCCAUGGGCAAAUGUACGGCCUGGCCAUGACCUUGGGGGGCUUCUGCAGCCUGUGUAUUCGUCCAUUGGCGGGAUUGGCAGCUUCAGACAGCUACGUGAAAGUUGACUACGGCUUGCUCGUGCUGCAGGUCUUCUCAACUGCACUUCCACUUCGAGUUUUCUGGAAUGCCUCCACUUUAAAGCCUUCCAAGGGUGAAUACUCACCCGUCUCUCAGCGCGAUCCACUGAGUGAGAAAGAAGCAUGA